UAGUCUAUUUUGAGUUUAUUUUUGUAUACGGUAUAAGAAAGCAAUUGUUUAGUUGUGUUUUUUUUUUUACCAAUAUCUGUUCAACCGGGGGUGGAACCUGCAAUGUAGGCAUGUGCCCCAACUGGGAAUGGAACCCGUGACCUUUCAGAGUAGGGAAGGACACUCCAACCAACUGAGCCUCACUGGCCAGGGCCCUACGUGCUAUUUUUAACUUUUAAUUGUAGAUUCCUCUGCCUGUUCUAUGUACAUAAUCAUAUCAUCUACUUAGCUAGCUAGGUAUUUGAAGUGAAUAAAGACUGUUUUACUUCUUUCCAACCUUUAUGCCUGUUUUGUUUUCUUGUCAUAUUGCACCAGCUGGGGCCUUUAAUAUAAUAUUGACUAGAAGUGGUAAUAGUGGAUAUUCCUUGUUUUGUUUGAUAUAUAUUAAAUUUAAGGAAAAUUUCUGUUAUGCACAAGGGAACAUAUGGGCUUACCUAGUUCACUUCUUGACCACUUUUACUUACUUUUUAUAGGCAUGGCUAAUGUAAAAGUAGCCCCAAAGAUAAUUGACACACAUGGAGGUUUCAUUCUGGAAGAGGAAGAAGAAGAGGAACACAUAAUUGAAAAAGUUGUUCAUCAGCCAGGCCCUGUUAUGGAAUUUGAUUAUGCAACAUGCGAAGAGUGUGGUAGAGAAUUUAUGGACUCUUACCUUAUGAACCACUUUGAUUUGCCAACUUGUGAUAACUGCAGAGAUGCUGAUGAUAAACACAAACUUAUAACUAAAACAGAAGCAAAACAGGAAUACCUGCUGAAAGACUGUGACUUAGAAAAAAGAGAGCCACCUCUUAAAUUUAUUGUGAAGAAGAACCCUCAUCAUUCACAGUGGGGUGAUAUGAAACUCUACUUAAAAUCACAGAUUGUGAAGAGGGCGCUUGAAGUUUGGGGUAGUCAGGAAGCAUUAGAAGAAGCGAAAGAAGUUCGACAGAAAAAUCGAGAAAAAAUGAAACAGAAGAAGUUUGAUAAAAAAGUAAAAGAAUUACGGCGAGCAGUAAGAAGCAGUAUAUGGAAAAGGGAAAUGGUUGCCCACCAACAUGAGUAUGGACCAGAAGAAAACCUAGAUGACGACAUGUACCGGAAGAUUUGUACUGUGUGUGGCCAGGAAUUAACGUAUGAGAAAAUGUGAUUUUUAGUUAAAUGAUCUGUUUUACAGAGUUUUAGGUUUAGAUAAAGGAAAUUUAGGUUGAUCUUGUUCAAAAUUCACCAAAAAGAAAGUCUUUAUAGAUGAAACAGUUGUAUAAAUAAUGCUUCAGUAAUAAGUAUGUAUGUUAUGUCUUAAGAGCAAGUUUCACUUAAGGUUCAGCAGGUCUGGCUGUGGGCUAAAUAUUGGGUCUGUGAUCAUUUUUACUGGAACAAGGAUGGGAGCUGAGUGAUAUGGUAGGUUUAAAAGUGUUAGGUGAGAGGUGAAGUUGAGAAAUAAGAAACCAAGGCAAACCUUAGAUUGGAGUAGGAGGACGAGCUUUUUUAGUAAAGGCAAAAGCUGGCUGCACUAGAUUCUUAUCUUAAGAAACAACAGGGAUGGUGGUAGCCCCUGCACUCCAGAGGCUGGGUUAGGACUUCUGGACUAUUUCUGUCUCCAAGUCAGGGAGCAGGGAGCUACUGCUGGGACAAGUCCUGAUUAACAAAAAGAAUAAAGAGUGAGUUGUGGGAGUCCGAUCAUGUUUUCUGUGUCUGUAGGGUUUACUAUAGGCCCUAGUAGUAGUCACUAGAUAGCCCUUUUCAAAUCUGGAUUAAAAUGGAAAAAACAGCAAAGAAGGUAACUAUGAUAAGUUUAUCGUAACUUGCUAACAUUUACUGAUUACUUAUCAUGUGCCAGGAAAGCACUAUGCUAAGUAGUUUCUAAUUUAAUCCUGGGAGGGAAGACAGCUUGCUUCUGUGCUUAUUUAGCACUUGGAAAGGAAAUGAUAACCUACAACCUGACAUCACCCCAGACAUCUGGAUCAAGUUUAGCUAGUCAGAAUUUCCUCUAUCAUCUCAAAAGGACUGCAAGGUAGUUACAGCUAGUAAGAGGAUUUGAUCCAGUGUGCUUGAUUACAGGGUUUAUGCAUUAUUUUUUUUGACAAAAAGAAAUUUAGAUCAAGAUAAACUGGGUAUUUUCAAUUUAAGUGAUUGAUAUAACUUUUUAUCCUACUGCUACAAAUGGAAAAGAGAGGAAUUUUAUACAUUUUCAUUUUUCUUUCUAAAUCAGCUGUUGGAGCUUAUCCUUAAAGACAGGCAAAAGUUAAAACAAGUCAAACUCAAAGAGGCUUGACUAUAAUUACUAAUUAUUCUCUAUUUUUUGAUUUUUAAAAAAAUGUGCUAUAUGCUAAAUAUUACAGCUCAUAAAAACUGAUUCUGAAUGUGCAAGAUCUUCCUGGGACAAAAAAACUUCCAGCUUCAUGACAACAAAGUAACUAGGUGUUUAGGCUGCUGACAACAGCAUUACUGCAUUGGGAGAUAAGGAGCCCUUGAGCGACAUGGAUUUAGGUUCAAAUGGCACGUACUAGCUGUGGACCUUGGGUAAGUUACUCAAGUAGGCCUGUUUUUAUCUGUCAGCUGGGCAUAAUAACCCAUAUUUAAUCCUCAUAACACUUUUUUAAUGAAAAUUUCAAAUGGAGUUAAGUAUACCUUCAGUAAGGAAAUCACUAGUUUUAAAGUAAACUGAGAUGAUAAAUCAUGAAGUACCAAAGUUUAAAAAACAUAUUUUUAGUUUUAUUUUAGCCAUGUUAGGUUAUCCAGGAGCUGUGAAAAGCUAUGCUACUUGGUAAUAAACCCAUCAGUUCUAUAUUACUACUUUGUAAGCUUGACCUCUAGUGUUCACAUACCUCAGAUCAGUUAUCUUUUGUGCCUUAAAGAGAAAAAAUGUCAAUCAGAAAAGUUGUAUCUGUCACAUAUAUAACAAUACAUCCUAUGGUCAUCGUCACAUUGUCAUUAGGGAAUAUUUGCUUUUUAGGGGUAAUUAUAGGUAACCAAUGCCAUAUUCACUGUCCUCCUCCCUGUUUCCUUUAGAUAGUGAAAGGAUACUACAAGAAAGCAGGCAUUCAAACCAUCAAAAAUAAGACAAAUUAGAUUUUUAAAAAAAUCUUGACAUGAGGGGGAAAAAUGACCAUUAGGCCUGUAGGGCACAGAACUGCUGGAACACAGCCAGGAUAUGAGGGUCUAAUUCAGCAGUGAAGAGCAGGUUCUCCAGGGUCACCAUGUACUGCUGGAUUAUUUGGUGAUGCUGUGGACACAAAAGGGGGUAUUUAGGUCAGGUAAAAGAGCACGUAAGCAUCUUGCAGAACAUUCCCCUCAGCAGCCCACUCAUGUUGUGAAAUGAUGGGAUGGGGGGUGGGGGGUGGUGGUGGUUAUGCUGAUGGGAAUAACAGGCCCCUGAAAAGCCCCAACAUUAAGAAAAUGUAGACAGAAAUGAGGGGAAGAAAGGAUGUUCAAUAACCAGCUUCUAUGUAAAUGCACUGACGUUUCAAGGCAGGGCCUGCUGCUACCACUAUUACAGACUAGGUUAAGCCGGGUCUCUCUCCUUUAAUGAUGACAAGACACAAGUAUGACUUUAAAAGUAGCCCAGACAGGGAAUGACCUAGGAAGAUUUUUUUUAAAACAAAGGUGGUAAAUGUUACAAAUAGGAAUAGCACAACUGCUACUGUUAAAACCGUGGUCCUGAAGUGUAAGAAGAAAUAUUUGGAAUCAUUUUCUCUUUUUUGGGUUAGAGCAUUAAAAUAAUUUCUUUGCAAAAGAAAAAAUUAAGAGAAUAAGCCAGUGAUCUACGCAUUCCACAAAAUAAGAAACCCAAACUUCAUUUUUUAAUCUUUUUGGAAAUCAGUGACUUGUUGAGCAUACAUGGAAAAAAAGUAUCAGGAAAUGAAUAAACUCUUCCAUGUGCACCCAUAUAACUUGAAUAUAUUCAGAGACCACUAAAGGACUAGGGGUUGUUUUAAUUGACAGUAACUAAAUCUAGAGAGAAUUUUUAUUUGGAGGCUUAAAGAACUUUUCUAGAAUAAAUGAGGACUUGGGCUGUUAGUUUGUGAAGAUACAAGAAUUAGUUCCACUUUCCUACCAGUCUUUAAUGUAACCUUGCUUCUGAGGGCACUGUUAUCAUUUGAACAUCAGAUUUUAAGGACCUUUGUUAAUGAAAUUACUGUUCCCUGAGCAUUUGUUCUCUACAUUUUGUAUUACAGCUAGGCUUUCUAGCAAAGAAUGACAAUUAGGAGUCUGGUACAGAACCAAUUCAAGCCUAAAUAAACUGAUAAGCAAUAGUGGGAGCAAAUGGACAUGAACUAAAUGGCUUAUGGGUGUUAUAUAACCUCCUGAAAAAUUUUAUGAUUUUUAAAAAUGGAGUAUCUUUGCAGCUGAGAAUAGUGAUGUUUAUUAUUUAAUUAAAAGUUUCCCACAAACCUGUAA